AAGAAAUAAAGUUUUUUGCACGUGGUGGGUUCCAACGACGACGCUCGUCACAUUCCUCUUUGCCAUGGCUAGCAACUCCACCACCUCUGUAGUUAGCCUUCCCAAGACGUCGUCAAGAUGCAUCUCUGAGAGCUUCACCGCGACGCACGAUUUCGAGGUAACCAAUUACCCCGAGCUCGACGGCAUGGGCGUCGGCGAGUUCGUUAGCUCAAGCACAUUCAGCGUCGCUGGCUACGAUUGGAAGAUCGACUUCUACCCGGACGGGUGCUGGGAGGAUUCUACCGGCGUUGCGUCAGCCUUUCUAUGUUGUGUCAGCGAGCUGGCGAAGGACGUGAAAACCAAGUUUACCUUCAAUAUGCUGGUAAAAGAGGGCAAAGCGCGGGUGUUGGUAACCAGCUUGGCCUUUUCAAAGUUUGAACAUGUAUUUUCGCCGGAAAGCGCCGUCUGGGGCUUGUCCCAGUUCGUUCAGAAAUCAGAGCUGAAAUCAUCGACCAAUGUCAAAGGUUGCUACUUGAUCAUACGAUGCAUUCUCACCGUUACAAAAGAGCCUCAAACCGUGGCUAAGAGGAACCCUGUCGUGGUACCGCAGCCGAAUCUGCAAGACCAUCUCAGGCACAUGUGGAAAGAUGGACAAGGAGCAGAUGUGACGUUCAAUGUGUGUGGCCAACUGUUCCAUGCUCACAGGUGUUUGCUGGCUGCAAGAUCUCCGGUUUUCAAGGCAGAACUAUUUGGUCCAAUGAAGGAGAAGGCGAGCAUCGAGGUUGUCGACAUCGAGCCCCUAGUCUUCGAGGCGCUUCUUCACUUUGUGUACACGGAUUCCAUGCCUGAUGAUGAGCACUCCAAAGAUGGGACAACGGCAAAGCUUCAGCACCUGCUAGUCGCCGCGGAUCGAUACGGGCUAGAUAGGUUGAGGGCGCUUUGUGAAAGCAAGCUCUGCGAGAGCAUUGACGUGGAGACUGUGGCGACAACACUGGUUUUAGCAGAGCAACACCAUUGCAAGGAUCUCAAGGAAGCUUGUGUUGAGUUCAUUGCUGCAUGGAAUGUGCUACCGGCUGUUAUGGCGACUGAUGGAUUCAAGCAUUUGGUUGCAAGCUGUCCUCUGCUCAUGAGGGAAAUACUGGACAAAGUUUCCUCUAGUGAUUAGUCCUGUACGGAGAACAAACAAUCAUUUGCAUUUGCAUUUCUAUGUUUUACCGUGAUAUCAUGAAUUCGUGUAUGCAUUUUGAUGCUAUUUUCAUCAUACCAAUUUUAGUACUACUUCUAGGCUCAUUUGGCAAAACUAAGUUGUCUCGGUUCUUCCAUCCCUGAAGGGGAUAAUACUCUGCAGGAUGUGCACUGUCCUAUUCUUCAGUUUAUUCAGAUAAUUUCUACCCGAUUGAAAUUAUUAUGGUAAGAACAUUUAUCGCCCAAGUAUUG